AUGGAUAUCGACUCGUACAGAUACCGGGUCCCGCGGCCAAAUUAUCUCCCACACAAUGUCGACGCCGACGACCGUGUAGUGGAGGAUUAUGUUGUGCCGUUAGACCAUGCGAGCGAUAUGGAAAAUGCCACCUACUACAACAAGGUAAAGCGGACUGCGCAGGAAUUCAACAUCACGCGGCCAAAAGGCUACAAUGUUUCGUUCCACACGAACCCGGAGAUGGAGAAGCACCACUUUGGCCAGACACACCCCAUGAAGCCGUGGCGUCUUACCCUGUCCAAAAGCCUGAUCAUGUCCUACGGCAUGUCCUUUGCCAUGGACAACUACAUCUCACGUGCCGCCACAUACGAGGAGCUGAACAUGUUCCACGCCAGCGACUACCUGGAGUUCCUCGCCACCGUCGCCCCAGAACCAGUGCCAAGAGAUGUGGACAACCUGAACCCGGACCUCAAGUUCAACCUGGGCGGCUCUGACUGCCCGCUGUUCGAGGGCCUUUACGACUACUGUUCCAUGUCGGCGGGCGGAUCGUUGGAUGCGGCCCGUAAGAUCUGCAACAAGGAGUCCGACAUCGCCAUCGCCUGGGGUGGCGGGCUGCACCACGCCAAGAGAUCCGAGGCGUCAGGCUUCUGCUACAUCAAUGACAUCGUUAUUGCAAUACUGCAGCUGCUGCGGUGCUACCCCAGGGUUCUGUACAUCGACAUCGAUGUGCACCACGGUGACGGUGUCGAGGAGGCCUUCUUCUCAACGGACCGGGUCAUGACCGUGUCGUUUCACAAAUACGACCCCCAGAACUUCUUCCCCGGCACCGGAGCAUUGGACGAGAACGGGCCCAAGAACGAGCGCAACCCGGGUGCGCACCACGCCAUCAACGUGCCGCUCAACGACGGCAUCACGGAUGAGCAGUACGAGCGGCUGUUCCAGGACGUUAUCGGCCAGUGCGUCGAGAAGUUUCGGCCGAGCGCCAUCGCGCUUCAGUGUGGUGCCGACUCCCUCGCCGGCGAUCGCCUUGGUCGCUUCAACCUUCAGGUCCAGGGCCACGGCUCUUGCGUCGCCUUCUGCAAGAAGCUGGGGAUCCCCAUGAUCCUCUUUGGCGGCGGCGGCUAUACGCCCCGCAACGUCGCCCGCGCCUGGGCCUACGAAACGAGCAUCGCCAUCGACUGCCAUACCAAGAUCGACCCCACCAUCCCGCUUCACACGCCCUGGCGCGACCACUUCCGCCAGGAUACUCUGCUGCCCACACUCGAGCAGGUCGUUGGCGAGCCCCGCCAGAACCGGAAUCCCAACAAGCGCCUGGCCGAGAUUGUGCAGCACGUGACGGAACAGAUGCGCUUCGUCAACAGCGCUCCGAGUGUCCAGUACUCCACCAUCCCACCGGACCUGCAGGGUAUCAGGGACGAAGUAGAGGCGAAGAUCAAGGAAGAAAUGGAGGAGAAGGACGAGAACGGAAGGAAAGCGAAGGAGGAGGGCGUCGGCGUGGCGAUGGAGUUUUGA